AGCCGAUUCGUUUCUACAGAAAUCACCAGUGUACUACACCAUGUUGUUGAGGGCUUCCAGCUUACUUCUCGCCGUGAUCUUCUAUUUGCUGUUAGGAAUAGUUCCUCCCAGCUCUGCGAUUGUGGGAGGCUAUCCCGAGGAAAUAGAAGCUGCACCAUGGAUGGUGUCGAUAACGCUUCAGAACGUCGGCCUUAUUUGUGGUGGAGUACUUGUAUCACCACGUUUGGUUCUCACGGCAGCAUAUUGCGUUUUCAACCGAAGGGCAACCGAACUCUCCAUUAGAGUGGGUUCGAAGUUCGCAGAUCGUGAUGGCUACGUCUAUUACCCGGAAAACAUAAUCAUUCACAAUCAAUUCAAUGCCACCAUCAAAGAUUAUAAUCUGGCGUUGCUGACCCUGCCGGUAGUCCUACGGGAGUCACGAGACGUUUACCCGGUCAAGAUAAGGGAAGCUACGGAAUAUCUUCCCGUUGGGUCUCAGUGUAUUAUUUCUGGAUAUGGCAGUACCGAUGCGUUCAAUCCGCAAGCAUUCAAAGGUCUGAAAAGUGCGAUGGUACGCGUGUUGGAUCGCGAAAAUUGCGCCCAAAGGAUGUACCCGUGGGCGGUUACGCCUUCAAUGAUGUGUGCCAGCGGAAACGGAGAAGAUGGAUGUGCUGGAGAUGGCGGGGGUCCAUUGAUAUGUGCCGGAAAACUAACUGCGAUCAUUUCUUGGGGCAAGGGAUGCGGCCGGGAUGAAGGAAUUGGGGUGUAUGCUGAUCUGACUAGCUCACGGAGAUGGAUGACUGACUAUGGCGUACCCUAACUGUGGCUUUACCUUUGAUAGUUUUAUUAACGUUGAUAUUGUAUGUAGGGUCAGAGUGUCAAUAAAAAUUUUACGCUCUUGUAUAUUCUAGCGAAUGCAAACGAUUAA